AUGAGUUUACCUUUAGUAAUCGAUACAGGCCAAUUUCAUACUAGAGUUGGGUUUUCUUGUAAUAGAUAUCCUCAAUUUAUCACAAAUACCUUACUAUAUGAUAAUAUAACACCUUUAGAAAUAAAAAUUGGUUCUAAAUUCUUGAAUUCAUCAAAAACAAGCGAGAAUUUAUCAGAGUUAAACUUAAAACAUUUGUCUUAUAACUUGGAUUAUUAUAAAGAACCGAUUACUAUAUCUAAUUAUGAAGAGGUAAAAUACCCAUAUCAAUACCAUGAAAGGAUUGAUUGGAAUUUAUUAGAAUCAUUUUGGACAGAUAUAUUAACUAGAGAGAUUUAUUAUGAUGUAUUUAAUCAUCCAGUCUUGCUAACUGAACCUCAUAAUGCUCCAUUUGACUUUCAGGAUCAUGCUAUGGAGUUUUUCUUUGAAUCUCUAAUGGUACCCUCUAUUCAAUGUCUAUCUCAGGAAAUACUAGCUAUAUAUUCAAUACAAACAAAUAUGCCUAAUAUAUUCUAUCAUGAUGCUAAAGGAUUAGUUGGAACUGUUCUGCAUAUUGGACAUACAAACACAAGAAUUCUCCCUGUUGCAUCAGGAUAUCUACUGACUGAAAACAUAAGUACUUGUAAUCUAGGUGGCUCAUUUAUUACAAAGUACUUAAUAGAAGAUUUUAGUCACUACUUUAUACCCAAUAUAAUUGCUAAUUUUCAAAUGGACCAAAUUAAAAGUUACAAUAUUUUUGACGAAUAUAUCGCAAAAUUAAUAGCUCCCAAACUAUCUGAAAAUGUCAUUAGAGUGGCCAAAAGUUGUCCCGUAGAUUAUACAAAACAACUGAUACAAAAUGUACUUAUUAUAGGUGGUCAUUCAAUUAAUCAAUACUUAUCUAAAUUUCUUAGAAACUCUCUAAAAGUAAGUAUUGCCACUCUUAAUAUGGCGAUCUGUUUAAAAGAAAAUGAUAUACCAUUGAAUGAAGUUAAUGUUUUUUCUGCUUAUCAAUAUGAAACAUCUGAAAAUUUUGGGUUAGCUUUAAACUCUCCAUGGAUUGGUGGCUCACAUAUAGCUAAUAAUUCAGAAUUUGUUCAGAAUAAUUUUAUUUUUAAGUCUCAGUAUGAAGAAUUUGGAUCUACUGCAGUUAGGGGAUGA